CGCGCUGCUGCAGCGCGUUGCUCCGGUUGGAAAAUAUCUGAAAACAGCAUUAAUAAAUAAACAAAAAUAUUGGAUAAAUCGCCGGAAAAACGCAGCAAAAAACGAAAUUUGGUUUCUUGUAAAAAUAUUGUUUUUCAAGAUAUUUUCUUGUUUAUUUCCGUAAAUUCGACGAGGAUAUAUCUCAAUCUUUCGCGUUGAUAAACAAAUUCCAGCACCGCAACCUUUGUGUAGGGGGCAAUUGUGAAAAGUGAUUUGUCCAUUGUGUACAUUAAUUAAUAAAUUGGUAAUUGCUCAAUUGAGAAACAUGUGCAAUCGAGUGCUAGUUAUUUAAGCCAGAAACAAAGUGAAUAAGGCAAAAUUGAAUAAAGCAAACGAAGAAACCAAGGAAAUAUGCUCAGAAAACGCAUUCAUAGCCUACUUAUUGCAUGAAGAACCGGUACCGUUAACGGAUAAUCGCCGUCGCGUUAAUUCGACCGUAUCGCCUCGCCCCCCCUUCGCCGUUUCGCCCGUUCAUAUAGCAGAUAUAACCGUUAUCGCGCCCGUGCAUCUGCGCCUGCAUCUGUGUGCGUGAGUCCUUGUAUCCUCUGUACAUAUGUACAAUAUUUGUCGUCGUCGUCGUCGUGCAUCGUUGUUGUUGUUCUUGCUGUUAUCCUAUUAUUCAUCGUCGUCCGCUGGCAUUAAUCUGCGUAUAAAGUAAAUAUAACAAAUUUGUGUUCUUCGGUGUUGUCUCGUGUAAGUGUCUAUAAUUUGUUUAAGUACGACAAGCGAUCGGUGCGAAUCAAAAAAUUCCAAUUCACCAGUCGUCGUCGUCAGUGUGUGCAAAUCGAUAAUCGAGCUCUCAGAACAACCACAACAACAACAAAAACCCAAUCAAUCGAUCAAUGUCAGCAAACAAACGAUAAACAGGACUCGCUGGGACUAAUCAAUUGCGUAAUCUUCCGAAUAUUUUGGAUCCCAACGUGCAAGGAGUUUCAACUUUUGAACAAAAAUCCAUUCUAUUGGACAGUUCUUGGAAAGAAAUGACUGAACUUUCAUCCCUCAAUCCAUUUGUUCGCCUAUGAAACCCAGAGACAAUUUAAGCCCUGUUAUGAAAAGUUGUUGAACAAAAAAUGAAACAAUAUAUAUUUUGAAAUAAUUUAAAAUCAAUUUAAAGUAAAAAGUAAAUUCAGCUGCAAUAACUUUGAAACACGCACAACCAAGCCAAACAAACAGAAAAUCAAAUCCAUUUAACUGCAAUAUAGUUAAAGGCAAGGCACACACAGAAAAUCAACAAUAAUAGAUGUUGCAAAUUUAAUCAAUCCAACUGAAAUUUAACUAAAUUUUAUGCAAAAUAGAAAUGUUAAAUUCACACAACACAAACCACAAUAACAACAGCGGCAGCGGCAGCAACAACAACUAUAACAAAGGCCACAAAAUGCAUUUGAAGGGUGCAACGGCAAAAGCCACAAUAAUGAAACAUAAGUUAAGCAAAUUUUACGGAUACGGUUGGAUGCAAGUCUUCCUACUACUUACAGUCCUCGUGAUUGGUAAUCAAAGUGCCUGGCAGGAGAAUAUACGACCAAAACUCUACGUGGAAUUAGGUCCCGAAGAUGUACUGAAGUUUGUGGGAAACGAAAGUGUUGUGGAUCACUUCAAGCUCGUUACCAAGGAUGGCAACAGUCUGCUCAUCGGUGCCAGAAAUACGGUUUUUAAUUUAAGCAUACACGAUCUCGUCGAGCAGCAGCGAUUGGUCUGGACCUCGCCGGAGGAUGAUACCAAAAUGUGUCUCGUCAAGGGCAAGGAUGAGGAGGCCUGCCAGAACUACAUCCGCAUCAUGGUGGUGCCAUCGCCGGGUCGCCUCUUCGUUUGCGGCACCAACUCGUUCCGGCCCAUGUGCAACACGUAUAUCAUUAGUGACAGCAACUACACGCUGGAGGCCACGAAGAACGGACAGGCGGUGUGCCCCUACGACCCCCGUCACAACUCCACCUCUGUGCUGGCCGACAACGAACUGUAUUCCGGUACCGUGGCGGAUUUCAGUGGCAGCGAUCCGAUUAUCUACAGAGAGCCCCUGCAGACCGAGCAGUACGAUAGCCUAAGUCUCAACGCCCCCAACUUUGUGAGCUCAUUUACGCAGGGGGACUUUGUCUAUUUCUUCUUUCGGGAAACCGCUGUGGAGUUCAUCAACUGUGGCAAGGCGAUUUAUUCGCGCGUUGCCCGCGUCUGCAAAUGGGACAAAGGUGGCCCGCAUCGAUUCCGCAACCGCUGGACAUCCUUCCUCAAGUCCCGCCUCAACUGCUCCAUUCCCGGCGAUUAUCCUUUCUACUUUAACGAAAUCCAAUCUGCCAGCAAUCUGGUGGAGGGACAGUACGGCUCGAUGAGCUCGAAACUGAUCUACGGAGUCUUCAACACGCCGAGCAACUCGAUUCCCGGCUCAGCGGUUUGUGCCUUUGCCCUCCAGGACAUUGCCGAUACGUUUGAGGGUCAGUUCAAGGAGCAGACGGGCAUCAACUCCAACUGGCUGCCAGUUAACAACGCCAAGGUGCCCGAUCCUCGACCCGGUUCCUGUCACAACGACUCGAGAGCGCUUCCGGAUCCCACACUGAACUUCAUCAAAACACACUCGCUAAUGGACGAGAAUGUGCCGGCAUUUUUCAGUCAACCGAUUUUGGUCCGGACGAGCACAAUAUACCGCUUCACUCAAAUCGCCGUAGAUGCACAGAUCAAAACUCCUGGCGGCAAGACAUAUGAUGUUAUAUUUGUGGGCACAGAUCAUGGCAAGAUUAUCAAGUCAGUGAAUGCCGAAUCAGCUGACUCCGCAGAAAAAGUCACCUCCGUUGUCAUCGAGGAGAUCGAUGUCCUGACCAAGAGUGAGCCCAUUCGCAAUCUGGAGAUAGUCAGAACCAUGCAGUACGAUCAACCCAAAGAUGGCAGCUACGACGAUGGCAAAUUAAUCAUUGUGACGGACAGCCAGGUGGUAGCCAUACAAUUGCAUCGUUGUCACAAUGACAAAAUCACCAGCUGCAGUGAGUGCGUCGCAUUGCAGGAUCCCUACUGCGCCUGGGACAAAAUUGCCGGCAAGUGCCGUUCGCACGGCGCUCCCCGAUGGCUGGAGGAGAACUACUUCUACCAGAAUGUGGCCACUGGCCAGCAUGCGGCCUGUCCCUCAGGCAAAAUCAAUUCGAAGGAUGCCAACGCCGGGGAGCAGAAGGGCUUCCGCAACGACAUGGACUUAUUGGAUUCGCGGCGCCAGAGCAAGGAUCAGGAAAUCAUCGACAAUAUUGAUAAGAACUUUGAAGGUCCCCAAAUCUCUGCAGAUAUAAUCAACGCCCAGUACACGGUGGAGACCCUCGUGAUGGCCGUACUGGCCGGUUCGAUCUUCUCGCUGCUGGUCGGCUUCUUUACAGGCUACUUCUGCGGUCGCCGUUGCCACAAGGACGAGGACGACAAUCUGCCGUAUCCGGAUACGGAGUACGAGUACUUCGAGCAGCGCCAGAAUGUCAAUAGCUUCCCCUCGUCCUGCCGCAUCCAGCAGGAGCCCAAGCUGCUGCCCCAGGUGGAGGAGGUGACAUAUGCGGAGCCGGUGCUCCUGCCCCAGCCGCCGCCGCCCAACAAGAUGCACUCGCCCAAGAACACGCUGCGCAAGCCCCCGAUGCACCAGAUGCACCAGGGACCCAACUCGGAGACCCUCUUCCAGUUCCAGCCCGACGGCUACAACACCCAGCAGUCGUAUCGCGGUCGCGACAACUUCGGCACACUGCGUUCCCACCAGGUGAUGGGCGAUAAUUACAGGCGCGGCGAUGGCUUUUCCACCACCCGCAGCGUCAAGAAGGCUGUAAACAACACAAACACACGUAACAGAAGUCUUGGUCGCGCAAGAAGACAGCCGCCCCGUCAUGGCAUUGUAACUCAACACCGCUCGAAUAGCCCCCAGCAGCAGCAGCAGCAGUCACAGCAGCCGCACUCCAGUUCCGGCUCCUCGCCCGUAAUGUCCAACAGCAGCAGCAGUCCGGCUCCGCCCUCCAGUAGUCCCAGUCCGCAGGAGAGCCCCAAGAACUGCAGCUACAUCUACCGUGAUUGAUUGAUAUGCAAUACCAAAUCGAUGCCACUCAUCCAGGCCCAGCCCCAGUCCCAGUCCACGCACGCCCAGCCAUACGUCCAGCCACACCCACACCCGCUACCGCCCCCCGGUCCGACCACGCCCCCAGCCCAGCCACGCUCCAGAAGUCCAGUGAUCAGCAGGACGUACGCCAAGUCCAUGCCAGUGACGCCAGUACAACCGCAAUCGCCGCUGGCUGAGACGCCCUCCUAUGAGCUCUACGAACGCCACUCCGAUGCCGCCACCUACCAGUUCGAGGAUGAGGAUGAUGAGGAUGAGCACGACCAGGAGGACACCUCAUCGCUGGCCAUGAUCACACCGCCGCCGCCCUACGACAUUCCGCACCUGGUGGCAUCGCCACCGCUGCCGCCGCCACGUAGAUUUCGCUUUGGCAACCGGGAGCUGUUCAGCAUGAGUCCAGCCGGAGGCGGAGCCACGCCCACCGCCUCGACAGCCAACCGCGGCAGCAGCGCCAUAACGCCCACCAAGCUGAGCGCGGCGGCAGCGGCCAUGUUUGCCGCACCCCAAAUGGCCACCCAACUCAACCGAAAGUGGGCACAUCUGCAGAGGCGACGGCGCAGGCGCAACAGCAGCUCCGGCGACUCCAAGGAGCUGGACAAACUGGUCCUGCAAUCGGUCGACUGGGAUGAGAACGAGAUGUACUAGAUCGCAAACCAAUCAUGAAAUGAGAUGGCAGAAACACUUUGAUUCAGAAUUUGUUCACCUUUGUUUGCAUACUUAAAUGGGAUAUCGAUUGUAAAAACGUGUUCGUAAACAAGGCAGAUAUUCUUUGUGUUAAGGCAUUAGACAAUUACAUUGUGAAGUAAUUAUUUCUUAUGUAAAGAAGCCGUAAAGAAGUUUUCUGCUACCUCAAUUAGUACACACAACUCAUUUCCAACGUGGCUCUGAAACAAAGAAAAAACCCCUCCCUUCCCUAAACUUAAUAUAGCAAUCGAAAAAAUCAUUCAUCAGCGAUAGAAACUGGAUGGGGACUUACUUACACACAAAAAGCCAGAGAAGUUAUACACGAAGUUUAUAGUUAUAUAGCCUUUAUACAUACUCCCCGAUCUGCUAAGUAUACACAAGCAUAACAUAACAUACGUAUAUAUGACUCUAUAUAUAUACCAAUAGAUUUCAUAGACGAUUCACAAGGAUCGGCUACGCUAAAUUAGAGCUGCAAAAUGAUAUUGUUAAUUACGAUUAGAGCAAAAAAACAACAGAUGUAAAUAUUAAUCCUAAAGAUGGGAAGGACGUAACAUACUGUAAGCAAACCUUAUUCGAAUAGAGUAUACACAAGAUAUACAAGAUUUUUUGCAUUUAACCCAGAGAAAUUUAAAAUAGAUAAAAUUAGAAAGUCAUAACAAAUGGUUAAGAACAAAGAGAAAACAAAACAAAACAAAACGAAACGCUUAUUACUGAUUUAUACAAAUGAAAUAAGUUACCGAAACAGUAGGAGGGCAAACAAAUUAGUCUUAAGCCGUCAGAAAUCUGGGAAACAUAAGGGGAUUGCAUUCGGGAUUCAUUCCGAACUGGAACUGGUACUGCCAAACGCGAUGCAGCGCUCCCAACGAAAUCGAAUCCAUCGAGUGCACUUUCCAUUGUCAAUUUCAUUUGCAGAGCCUCAAGCUAUAGUAUACUUCUUUAGAUUUCAGACUCCAAACUCCAGACUUCAGAGUUCAGAGUUCCGACUCCUGCGCUUCAGUCUGCUAUAGGAACGUGUAAAUUAUGUACAGGACUAUACGCAUUAUUCAACCGAUCUGUACAGUGCGAUCUGCAGUAUGUGCGAUAUGUGCCAUAAUUGGGUAUGUGCCCACUUUGAGUUUAGUUGUUAUUGUUUGCAUUGAUUCAGAAUAGUUCUUUACCGAGAACACAACUCGCUAUCUUUGUAUAUACUCGAAUAAAUAUACAUAUAUGCAUGAAGAGGGAUACACAAAUUUCAUGUGAAGUGAUCGAUCAAAAUUUAGUGAAAGCAUUCAAACUGAACUUUAGCCUAGCCACAUAGGGUUUGUAAUAUAGACUGGACAGAGGGCAGAACGAAACUUUUGAAAAUAUUUUCACUAGGGGCAUUGCUAAUGUUGUUCUCAUAUUAAAGUAUAUUAGAAAUAGGAUAAGCUAAUUGAUACUCAAUAUUUUGUAUGAGAAACAUUCAAAUCAUCCGAUCAAACUUGGAAAUUGCGUUGCAAAACGAGUAAAAAAGCGUAGAAAUAUCUAAAUCAAAGCAAAUGUAUAAACAACAAAACCCAUAAAAAAGCAGUAGACUUAUAAAUUAAACCCACACAGAAACGUAAGCGUAUAUAUUGAUUAAUAUAUACUUUAUGCAGUUGCAAUUUAAUGCUUUUUAUAUGCAAUUUUACUUUUUGACAAAAUGUAUACAACCGAAGAAAAAUCAUCAACAUCAACAGCGGGAAACGAAAAUGCAUAGAAACCAAGUAAAAUCAUUACGAUAACAUUUAGACAGCCAAAGACACGAGUGAUUUUAAAAUUUGUUUUUUAAAGUUAUUUGUGCUAAUUUUUAAUUAGUUUUAUUUGUACAUAAAUAUUAUUUAAAGCAAUUUAAACCGCUAAAAAAAUUAUGUAACACUAGUGUUACUGUUUCUAAAUAUUUAGUUAUUUAAUUACACUCUUCAUUAUUGUCCGCUUUUUCUUUAAAGUAAUAGUGUCAAGUACUUUGAAAGCAAUAAAAACCCUUGAAAAAAGAUAUGAAAAAUAUAAAUGAGAUUCAGACACAUAGAGUAGCUGCCGAUGGUAAAACUUAGGAAUACACUAGAGUUUUGAACUAAUUCUAGAUCUACAUCAACUACUUAUACAAUUGCAUACAAGUAAAAAAGUAUUAAUUGAAUCAGAUCAUUAACUUUUAUACACUUUACCAUUUACAUACGAGUAUAUACAAGCAAACUGAUUGCCGAUUACCGAUUAUUCAAUAUACAAGGCAAAUUUAACAUGUAAUUGUAAUUUGAAGCCAGGCUGCAAUUGAAAGGUUUUACAGUAAAUCAUGCCUACACACAUAAACCAGCAACAACAGUAACAAGAUCAGAGAAUCCGUAAAUAUAUACUUAUACAUAAUAUAGAUGAACCAUAUACAUACACUUAUUAGAUACUUUAGAAGAGAGAUUCUCUAGAAAUGCUUUUAAAUUAAAAAAUCCUCAAAAAAUAACAAAAAAAAGAAAAGUAAUAAACAAGAAAGAUAACUGAUUUAAGCAAAGUAUUUUAUUAAAAACACUCAGUAAGGACAUGGCAAAUUCAAGCGCAAAAACACAAAACAAAAAUAAAAAAACAUAUAUAUAAAUUUCUUAAAACUUUCAGCGCAAGGCAAGCAUUUGUGAAAUAAGCCAACUCAGACACUUUUUUAGAACAUCAGAAAUUGGAGUUGACGAUGAUGAUGAUGAUCACUAGACGUCGUUGAAGAUACUUUAAAGAUAAUUAUAAGCUAAACGAAAACGAUUUUUAACUUUCUCCGAAUAAGACAAAAACAAUUAUUACCAACAAAUGGUAGAAGCGCAUUCAUAUUUGCUAAUUAGCAACUUAUUAAACUAUAAAGAACAAGCAACAUUUAAAAGCUAGAGCAGAAAGCAGCAACCCACACAAAAAUGAGAAACCAAAUAAAAAUGAAAUUGAAAACAUGAAAACAUGAAUCCAUGACACCACACACCCAAGUUUUCAUUUUCCAUUAAAAACGAUAUAUAUUCAAGUGCUUCUUACAUAAAAUAAAUAUAAAUAUAAAUAUAUAUAAAACAAAAAAAUAUAUUAAUGAUUACUUGAUAGAUAUUAUUACGAGCAGGCAUUACAUUAUAAAUACCUACUAAAUAGUUUAAGGCAUUUACCACAAACUUGAUUAUUAUGAACUGUACUAUUAUGUUUUGUGAAAUCGAGCGAACUAUUACAGAUACAGAAAAUCAGAUUACUGAGCGGAUUUAGAGUAAGUGUAAUAACUCUGUACAAUAUCCGGUUCCGUUUGGUUUUUUAAUCUCUAAGUAGCCAGCUCUCUAUGCAAAUAGAAUAAAGACGAACACACACUGACACGUAA